UGUCAACCUCUGGCUGGUCAGACCUUGACAACGAAGCUUCACUCUGCACUGAGUAACCUGUAGUCUAGAGUCUGUCUCAUGUUGCUCUGGUAAUUGUUUGGCAUUAAAUCACCUUUCUGUUUUUGCUGCAGCCUCAUUCACACAGCUACACCCAGCAAUUUUAAAUAGGCUACAUAUUUUCCAAAAAAAAAGAAGAAACUUAACAUUUCAUUUCAAUUCAGCAAAGCAAAUAGCUUUAAUUGUGACCAUGUCCGGCGAGGAAGCACCUGCUCAGCAGCAGAAACCCGAGGAACAAAAGCAAGACAGCAAACCCAGCGAGGAGCCUAAAACGGAGACCAAGCAGGAAUCCCCGCCAGCCGCCGAGGCAGCAGCGGCGCCGGCGGCGACAGAGAAAGCCCCUGAGGAGGAGGUCUUUACCUACCGGUCCCUGGUUCUCUCCGGCUAUGGAGGAUAUGAUAAAGUCAAGCUGCAGGUGAAGAAAGGGAUGCCCACUCUGAAGACCGGAGAAGUGCUGGUGCGGGUCAAGGCGUGCGGUCUGAACUUCGCUGAUUUGUUGGGAAGACAGGGUCUGUACGACCGGCUGCCGUCUCCACCCGUCACGCCCGGGAUGGAGUGCUCCGGGGUGAUUGAGGCUUUGGGGGAAGAAGUAACGGACAGAAAAGUGGGGGACAAGGUGCUGGUGCUGAACCGAUACGGGUUGUGGCAGGAGGUGGUGGCUGUGCCGGCCAGCCACACCUUCAUCAUGCCCGAGGGCAUGAGCUUCGAGGAGGCAGCCGCCAUCCCCGUCAACUACAUCACCGCCUACAUGAUGCUCUUUGACUUCGGCAACCUGCGGCCCAACCAGAGCGUGCUGGUCCACAUGGCGGCAGGUGGUGUGGGCAUUGCAGCCACCCAGCUGUGUAAGACAGUGAAGGACGUGACGGUGUUCGGCACGGCAUCGGCCAGCAAACACGAGGCCAUCAGCCAGGGCGGAGUCACGCACCCCAUCGACUACCGCACGCAGGACUACGUUAGUGAGAUCCGCAAGAUCAGCCCCAAAGGCCUGGACAUCAUCCUUGACCCUCUGGGCGGCUCUGACACCCACAAGGCCUUCAAUCUGCUGAAACCCAUGGGCAAGCUCAUCACUUAUGGCACCGCUAAUAUGCUAACGGGACAGAAAAAGAACCUGCUGGCUGUGGCGAAGACCUGGUAUAAUCAGUUCUCCACCAAUGCUGGCAGCCUCAUUCACGCCAACAAGUCAGUGUGCGGCUUUCACCUGGGCUACCUGGACGGAGAGUACGAGCUCAUUUCUCAGGUGGUGGCCAAGCUGCUGGAGCUCUAUGUCCAGGGCAAGAUCAAACCCCGUGUGGACUCCACCUAUCACUUUGAGCAGGUGGGAGAUGCGAUGCGACGGAUGCAGGAGCGGAACAACAUCGGCAAAGUGAUUCUGCUGCCGGAGCCCAAGAAGGAGGAGGAGAAGAAGGAGGAGGAGAAGAAAGAAGAGAAGAAAGAGGAGAAGAAGGAGGAGCCCAAGAAUGAAGAAAUCAAGAAAGAGGAGAAUUGAGAAGGAGGGCUAGAUAGGGUCAGGAAGGUCAUGUGAAGCCCAUCUCUGAGGGGCUGGGGUUUAUUUUAUUUUUUUGUUUGUUUGUGUGUGUGUGAGUGUGUGUGUGUGUGUGUGUUGUUG